GUAAGUCUUUUGUUCCUUCAGACCAGCACAAACAUUUCUAGUCAUGGCUGAGAGGAGACGGCACCAGUGGCCCCUCUUCAGACUGUGAGAGAAGGAGACAUGGAAGGAAUGCUGGGAUUGUCACAGUGAUAUCGCCUCUUGAAGUCAAAUUGUGUCGUCCUCUUCAGAGCCGUGUGACGCAGAGUUUAUUAUGGAGGACGUGAAGCCCGAGGGCUGGCUGCAGCUACUUCAGCCCCAUGGUGCUGCUGGAAAAAACAGCACGAGUUUCCUUCGCAGGUCCUCAUCAUGGAGGAGGCCUGGGGAGCGAGGUUAUUAUGAGGGCCCCGCGGCGCAGGCCAAUGAGCCCCCUCGCGGAGCUCGUCCACUGAGCUGCAUAGAGGGUGUCAGGAUGGACAAAUGGCUUCAGACACUAGAGAGACUUCAAUCACGUCGGCUUCAGAAUCAAAUACCUCAGUUUGUGGACAGGACGGUAUCAAUCCCAGUUCUCCCGAAAGAUACAGCGGGAGGUAACCCACUGUGUCCUGAUGUUUCCCCUCUGCGCAGGAGGAAUCAGACCCCUAGCGUCUGUCCCAGAGUGUGUGAAAGCUCUUCGAGCAGCCUGGAGUCUGUUCACAUUAAAGCUGCUCGCGCUGCAGAAAGAGCUCAGUUCUGUGCUCUCGCUCCGGUUCGCUUCGGCUGGCUGCCCACACAGAGACAUGUGAUACUCACAGACAUCUCUGACAACCGCCUUGACAACAGCAAGUGCCAGAAACUGAAGUCUCCCAUCACUCCAGUGUUGCUCAGCUCUCCUGCCAAACUUAAUGGACCAAGACCCAAUGACAGGAAAACUUCAAGGCCUGAACCUGUUGGCUUUAGAUCCUGGAGCACACCUGAAAAAACACCAUCCGUCCUUCAUCAGGCUUCGGGAUCCGUGAGCUCUGAGGGAGGACGAAAUGGACCGCAAGCUGGAAAUCCGAAAGCCGAGAGGACACAUGCCACGCUGGACCUCAUCCCGUGUUGA